UCUCGUUGUUUGGUUCCUUCUUAUCCAUACAGUACGUAACUAAAAGCAUCACCAACCCUCAUCUCUUCAUCUUGUUUUCAUCAAUAAAUUCAUCUUCUUCAAUCAUGUUUCUUCAUCCUCCUAGAUCUUCAAUUAGUUGAUCCCUUCUUUCUUCUCUUUUUUCUUAUCCUCAAUUUCAAUCGAUUAAUCAUAAUAAUAAUACAAAGAUGGAGCCUAUGGAUAUUGUUGCAAAAUCAAAGGAAGAUGCUUCGCUACCUAAAGCAACGAUGACGAAAAUUAUAAAAGAGAUGUUACCUCCAGAUGUGCGUGUUGCAAGAGAUACCCAGGAUUUGUUAAUUGAAUGUUGUGUAGAGUUCAUAAACCUCGUCUCAUCAGAGUCAAAUGAAGUAUGUAACAGAGAGGAAAGAAGGACGAUUGCACCUGAGCAUGUAUUGAAAGCUUUAGGGGUUCUUGGAUUUGGCGAGUACAUUGAGGAAGUUUAUGCAGCAUAUGAACAGCACAAGAUGGAGACAGUGCAAGACUCUAUAAAAGGUGCCAAGUGGAGUGGCGCAGCUGAGAUGACCGAGGAACAAGCAUUAGCAGAGCAGCAAAGGAUGUUUGCAGAGGCACGUGCUAGAAUGAAUGGAGGGACCAUUACUUCCAAUCAACCAGAUGCUGACCAAAGUUUAGAGAACUAACUUUAGGGUCUUUAUUUUCUUGAAGCAUAGGCAAGCAUCUCUGACUCUUACCUAUGGGUAAUUUAGCUCGAUUUUGCACAAAACUCAUUCACUACUGUGCUGGCCUAUGUAGAUGUGUUCCCCAUUUGUGUUCUGUUAGUGAUACAUAUUUGUAAGUUAAUGUAAUUAAUUAAUGGAGUUCAUUCAAUCCCUUGUCUAUUUAGAAUUAUAUGUAAAUGAUUUCAUUAGUUGUAUCUUCCUACACUAAUAGCUCUUAGCUUAAUUUUGAAAUAGUGAAUGUAUGAGAUUGUGACAGCC